AUCAUGUCCGACGAAGAUAAACCAACAGAAUUAAAUAAAAUCGUUUUUAAAAAGAAACCCCGUAAAAAUAUUAAAUUAAGACGAAGAUCGGGAGAUGACGAUGAAACCGAACUUGAAAAUCCAGCAGAAAUAUUAUCCAGCUUAGAAGAAAUCAAGGAGCGCCAAAAACUCCGAGGAAGACCAAAUGGCGUCAGUAUAGCUGGUCUAGCAUUAGGAAAAAAACUUGCCCUCGAAGAAGAGAUAACAACUAACGAUCCAUUUAACACAAAAUGUGGCGGAAUGCUCAAUAUGCAAGCCUUGAAAGCUGGCAAAAUCAAAGAAGCAGAUGAUGCUUAUGAUGUAGGCAUUGGAACACAGUUUUCAGCUGAAACAAACAAACGUGAUGAAGACGAAGAAAUGAUGAAAUACAUUGAAGAAGAAUUGAGAAAGCGAAAAGGAGUCGCCAAAGAUGUUGAAGAACAAGAAGGUGACAAAACAAAAUACAUGACUCCUGAGGAAGCAGCUUUAUUUGCUUUACCUGAUCAUCUCCGACAAAGCUCUUCAAAUCGCUCAGAAGAAAUGUUAUCCAAUCAAAUGUUAAAUGGAAUUCCAGAAGUCGAUUUGGGAAUUGAGGCGAAAAUCAAAAAUAUUGAAGCUACCGAAGAAGCCAAACAGAAAUUAGUACAAGAACAAAAGAAUAAGAAAGAUGGACCGUCGGUGUUUGUGCCAACAAAUAUGGCUGUUAAUUUUAUGCAACAUAAUCGAUUUAAUAUUGAAGAUGCUGAGCCGAGAAAAAGAAAGAAACCUGUUGAACCGGUGGACAAGACGACAGGGACGAAGAAAGCCACUGAUGAUUAUCAUUAUGAUAAAUUUAAGAAACAAUUUAGACGAUUUUGAUUUGUAUUUUUAUUACUUUUAUUAAAUACAAAAAACUUUAGUUUAUAAAAAGGGGCACGUCUGUUCUCCAUCGCAUUUAUCUUUU